UUUAAUUAUUCAUUUUUCAAUUUUUUAUCUCUCUUUAUUUCAAUGUACUUUUGAUUUUUUUUUAAAUAAAAAGUUUUAUACUCUCUUUGAUGUUUGUGUUUACGAUGUUUGACCGACUUUAUUUUUGAUUUAAUUUAUUUAAAUAAAAUUACCAUCGCAACCCUUACCCAACCCAAUCUGCAGACAUCAUCGGCUCAAUUCUGCAACCCUAACGCAAAGCACACACUCUAGUGACUCUACCCUUCACUCGCCGCACGGGAUUACCUGAUACGAACGGAGUGUGGAAUUCAGGGAGAGGGGACCUAACGGCAACGAUAACGCGCAGGCGAGUAGAAUUGCGGCGCUGUAGAAUUGGGAGGGUGACUGGAGAAGCAAAUAUUCACUUGGAUGCCCACGGAUAUCAGAAUGGCUAAGCGCGAGCUAUCCAGUACUUUGAAAAAUUUGAAGUUUAUGCAAAGGGCAUCCAACAACAAAGAGGAGAAAGCUAAGGAGGCCGAGGAUGUAUUGCCUGAUGGUAUCUUCCCUUCUUUGACUGCUCCCAAAAGAUGUGUUGUUAUUAUGGAAGGAGAUCCUCAUCCUGGAGCAAUAAAGGGCAGGAUGUCAUUUCAAAAUUUUAACCCUGCUAUUGAUAAAUUAAAUGAAGAAGAGCUAAAGCUUAGCAAACCAGAAGCCUCUGUAACUUCUUCCGGAACUACGAGUGAAAUAAUUUCUAAUAGAGAAAAUGGGUCGACUAAAGAUGGAGCUGAGAACUCAAAAGUCAACAACAAAUCAAGCACCAAUGCAAAGGGAGAUAACAAGAGGAAGCAAGACGGUGUCUCGGAUGUUCGUUUGCCGAAAAGGACACAAAAAAAUGGGGACGAUCACAAAGGGCCGUCGUCAAGUGGCAAGAAAAAAUCCCAGAAAUACCCCCCAAGAUGCGAACAAGGGGCUUUCAGUGUCCUUGUGCCACCAAAGCAUCAAAAUAAAAAACAUUAGGUAAAGGCUGAUGAUUCUUUUGCUCUUGGAUAAUUUGCUUCUAGUCAAUGAUAGUGUGUUGUUGUGUUAUAAGCUGUGUUGACAGCCCAAAAUGGGUCAUUUUUCUUCACUUCUUACACCUUUUUAAAGUUUUUUUUGUCGACCAUCAUCAUUAUAAUGUAUCUUGAUUGUUAAUGAAAUUUGUCAUUAUGC